AUGCAGGUUCAACCCUUCUCCGCUACCAAUAGACGCCGAGUUUACAUCGUUGAAUCUCCUCGCACCUCAAGGGAUUCCAACGAGAGCGGUAACGGUACAUCCGUCUCGCCCGACCCGAUUCCGACCCCUCAAGGUACGAGUCCUAGGCGCUUAUCUGAGACCUCGGGUUCACUCUCCUCGGCCGAAUCGUUGGAGACUGUUCCCCUCCCACAGAGCGUCCCUGAACCCAUCCAAAUUAAGGUCAAACGAGCAUCUACCCAGCUCUCUGAGGGGACUGAAAGUCCGGUUCCCGCUUCCCGCAGAGCAUCUGAUCCUGGCCGCUCUUCCAUCGUGUCGACCAUGGCAUCGGCUCAAGAGAUCACGAGCCUGGCUAUCCCCGAUAACGCUGCUCUUGACCCUCCCUCUGAUAUCGAGGACGCCAGGGUUAUCCAACGCCCACGUUCGUCCUCUGUCGCUGACCGUAUCGAAGCCGUCAUGCGCGAGAGUCCAACCCGCUUCGUUGACGGGACCAAGUCUCCCACCUUAUGGUUGCUGGCCGUCCUCUGUGUUCCCCUCCUAGCAGUGGUGCCCUUCUGGCUCCCCUUCUUGCCCCGCCCGAACGAGACGUCCGAUAGUUCUAUGGUCUGGCAUUUCUUCACGUUCUUUGUGAUGGACUUUGCCGGCUGCGCUAUGUACCCCUUCGUGCCCGGCGCUCUACUCACCAUACCACUCUUCCGCAAUAAAUGGGGGCAGUAUCCCAUGAUCCCUUAUCUAAGUGCUGGAAUCGUCAUUAUCGGCGGUGUUAUCCCAUACCUCAUCUUCCGCGUCUUCCCCGUGCCCAUGCUGGCUGUGAUCCAGGCAGCAGCUAUAAUACCUCUGGUUCUCAUUUACUACUAUUUCUUCAUGAAUCCGGAUGUACUUCAAGACCCAGUCCACCGCUGGGACUUCCUCGUCUCAGUUGGGAUCCUAGGUGGAGUUACGGUGGUCUACGGUAUCUGCUACCCUCUCGGUGGCGCACUGUUCAGUCAGUUUACAGGUGUCUCUCAAGCUUUCAUGGCCAUCGGCUUCUGCAUGGUUCGAUUCGCCUAUGAAAAAGCAGGAGCUCGCCUUCUCUCGACACGAGCCCAAGAUGGCUAUCCACUGUUCAUUUUCUCCUCGUGCUACUGUCACGAGACAUUCAUAGCCAUUCUCAUGAACAGGGUGUCGGAAUGGUACGUUUUUGGAAUUUUCAUAGUAUACGACCUUGCCGAGAACAUCUACCACGUUAUCGGGCUUCGCAACUUUGCGCGCAGUCCCGGAAGCGAAGCUAGAUGUCGCUCCGUGAUUACUAUUGCUCUACUGAUGUCGUUCGCUGAGACGAUUGCACCCCUUCAGUACACCAUAACCUCAUUGGGAAUCUACUACUUCAAUAAGUCCGCCAAUGACAACUUCGCCUUAAUCGAUGAGGAGGCAUUCUGGCAAGGCAUCUGGUUCAAUCUCGGGGAUGUGUUCAGUGAGCUCUGUGUUUUCCUCUACUUGACGACGGUAGUCAAAGCGGUCACCGGCCUGGACUCGCUUAAUGCCCUUGGCCGCUUAUGUGUCAUCUAUGGUGUAGCCUUUUUGGCCUUCCAGAUCACCAUUCUGGGAUACUUCCUGCAAAUACAGUAUGCAGCUGGUGGCAAUGAUCUCACGUUCCAGUUCGACUGGCUUAAACCUAAUUCAAGAUGGGUUGGAGGUCUCUGCUGGUCUGUCGCUGGGAGCUCUUGUUUUGCUUAA